AUGUUCUCAAAGGAAAGCACAUUUUUCUCCUUUUCUUUUAUUACCCAUUCUCUCUUUUCUUUUCUUUCCUUUUCUACAUCUUUCUUCCUUUAUUUUUCUUUCCUUUUCUUUCCUUCAUCGUUUCACUUUCUUUUCUUUUCUGUGCCUUUACUCCUUCCUUUUCUUUUCUUUCGCUUUCUUAUUUUUCAUUUCCUUCUUUGUUUUUCCUUUGUUCCUUUAUUUUCUUCUUUUUCUCUUUCAUCUUUUUUCUGUGCCUUUCUUUCUUUUUCCUUUCUUUCGCUUUUAUCUUCCUUUUCUCUGCCUUUCUUCCUUUUUUCCUUUCUUUCGUUUUUAUCUUCCUUUUCUCUUCCUUUCUUCCUUUUUACCUCUUUUUCUUUUUUCAACUUUUCCAUUUCCUUCUUUUCUUCCUUUAUUUUCUUCUCUCCGACCUUCAUUUUUUUCCUUUUCUACAUUUCCUCCCUUUCUUUUCAUCUCUUCUUCUUUAUUUUUUUCUUUCCUUCCUUGCUUCCCUGCAUCUUUCUAUCAUUCUUUUUUUUUCUCCCCGUCUUUUUCCUUCCCUUGCUUUCUUGCUCCAUUCAUCUUUUCCUGUCUUUCUCUUUCACUUUUCCCUACUUUCAAUUCAUUUCUUAUCCUUUUCUUUAUUUCUCUUUCUUCUCGUUCACUUUCGUUUCUUUUUUCUUUUCUUCUUCAUUCCUUUUCUCUCUUUCUCCUCCGUUUUUUUCUUCCCUUCCUUUUCAUCUUUCGUCAUUUCUUUCCUCCCUGUCUCUUUUGUCUUCUCCUUUUUCUUCCUGCCCAUCUCUCUUUUUUGAAAACGCCGAAACGUAA